CCACUACUGAACCAGGAUACUGUAAAUUGUUGUAGCCUCCUCUCUUUGCAGCUCUUCUCUCUCUUUUACAAAACCCUAACCAGUGACGCUAGUCCGCCCACAUUCCUCCCAAUCUUUGCCGCCAAAACAGCUAUGGCGGAGCUAAAGCUCUCGGAGAGUCGAGACUUGACCCGAAUAGAGCGCAUAGGCGCACACUCCCACAUCCGGGGACUUGGUCUUGACUCUGCCCUAGAAGCUCGUGAUGUUUCGGAGGGGAUGGUGGGCCAGACGGCUGCGCGCAAGGCUGCCGGUGUGAUACUACAGAUGAUCAAGGAAGGGAAGAUAGCUGGACGGGCUGUGUUGUUGGCUGGACAGCCUGGCACCGGCAAGACGGCCAUUGCGAUGGGGAUGGCCAAGUCACUGGGGCUUGAAACGCCAUUUGCGAUGUUAGCUGGGAGUGAGCUAUUUUCGCUUGAGAUGGGCAAGACCGAGGCCCUGAUGCAAGCUUUUAGGAAGGCUAUUGGGGUGAGAAUCAAGGAAGAGACGGAAAUUAUUGAAGGUGAGGUGGUGGAGGUCCAGAUUGACCGGCCUGCCGUGGCUGGAGCAGCUUCGAAGACUGGGAAAUUGACGUUGAAGACGACGGAGAUGGAGACGGUGUAUGACUUGGGUGCCAAGAUGAUUGAAGCAUUGGGGAAGGAGAAGGUGCAGAGUGGGGAUGUGGUUGCCAUUGACAAAGCGUCCGGGAAGAUUACCAAGGUCGGUAGGUCAUUUUCCAGGUCGAGGGACUAUGAUGCCAUGGGACCGAGUGUUAAAUUAGUGCAGUGCCCUGAUGGGGAGUUGCAGAAGCGUAAGGAGGUUGUGCAUUGCGUCACACUUCAUGAGAUAGAUGUCAUCAACAGCAGAACACAAGGAUUUCUGGCACUCUUUACAGGAGAUACUGGUGAAAUUCGUUCAGAAGUGAGAGAACAGAUUGACACAAAGGUAGCAGAGUGGAGGGAGGAAGGGAAGGCAGAAAUUGUGCCAGGUGUUCUCUUUAUCGAUGAGGUCCAUAUGCUUGACAUUGAGUGCUUUUCAUUUCUGAAUCGUGCUUUGGAGAAUGAGAUGGCUCCAAUUUUAGUUGUUGCUACGAACAGAGGGAUUACUACAAUCAGAGGCACAAACUAUAAAUCUCCCCAUGGGAUUCCAAUUGAUCUCCUUGAUCGCCUGCUUAUCAUCACCACUCAGCCUUACACAGAGGGUGAAAUUCGCAAGAUUCUUGACAUAAGAUCCCAAGAAGAAGAAGUUGAGAUGUCUGAAGAGGCAAAGCAUUUGUUGACCAAGAUUGGUGUAGAUGCAUCCUUAAGAUAUGCCAUCCAUCUCAUAACAGCUGCUGCAUUGGCAUGCCAAAAGCGGAAGGGAAAGAUUGUUGAAAUGGAGGAUAUUAACCGAGUUUACCAUCUUUUCUUGGACGUGAAGCGAUCAACACAAUACUUGAUGGAGUAUCAGAGUCAGUACAUGUUUAAUGAUGCUGAUGAAGAUGAUAACAAUGCCAUGCAAUCUUGAGAUAUCCCUUUGGACUAGAAAGACUUUGUGGUUAUUUGUGUAUGUUGCUUUAGUGAUUAUAUGCAUCAUUGAACUUUGCUUAGGGGAAAUGGUGUUCCUAUGCUUGUAUUUAUCCUGUUAGCGUGCUA